UUCCGGCUUCACCGGAGAAGGAAGCAGAGAGGAGUGAGACCUCUUGCAACGCUUGCGCAAUCUUCGAGGCCAGAGUUAGCAGCUGUCAGAGGACGGGGCUGAGCGUCACGAAGAGCGCAGAUAAGAGCAGGCUUUGUGGAAGCAAAGGACGGCGUGAAAAAUGCAGCACAGGAGCGACUCCCGACACCGACACUCGUCCAGGCUCCAGACACCAAACUGUUAGCCGGCUCCCGGCUCUCUGGCUGCCGCUUUUGUUUUGCUCUCCUCUAAUCUGCCGGAGGAUCUGCUGGUUCUGCGCAGCGCCGCUUGUCCAUCCGACGCAAACAAGUCCAGACAUGAGCGCCGUGAACCUGAUUUUCUGGGACCAGCUGCAGGCGGGCAGCUCCGACGUGGACUGGUGUGAGGGGAAUUACCUCAUCUACCCCGGCAUCGCUGAGUUCUACAACACGAUCAGCAACGUCUUGUUCUUUGUUUUGCCCCCCAUACUGAUGUGCCUGUUCCGGGAAUAUGCCCAGCACUUCAACAGUGGGAUCUACCUCAUCUGGAUCCUGCUGGUGGUGGUCGGCAUCGGCUCGGCGUAUUUUCACGCCACGCUCAGCUUCCUCGGCCAGAUGCUGGAUGAGCUGGCCAUCCUGUGGGUGCUCAUGUGCGCCAUCGCCAUGUGGUUUCCCAAGAGACACAUGCCCAAGAUGUUCAGGAGAAACCGUUUAAGGUUCAAAGUGGUCAUCGGCAUCCUGUCUGGGAUCACCACCGGGCUGGCCUUCGUUAAACCCGUGGUCAACUCGCUGUCCCUCAUGACGCUGGGCAUCCCCUGCACAGUGCUGCUCAUCGCCGAGCUUAAAAGGUGUGAAAACCCCCGUGUGUUCAAGCUGGGGCUGAUCUCCGGGAUCUGGUGGGCGCUGGCUCUGCUCUGCUGGAUCAGCGACAGGAUAUUCUGCGAAAUGUGGUCAUCGGUCAACUUCCCCUAUCUACACUGUGCCUGGCACAUCCUCAUCUGCCUGGCCUCCUACUUGGGCUGCGUCUGCUUCGCCUACUUCCACGUGGCGACCGAGGCCCCGGAGCAAGGCCCCGUCAUCAUGUUCUGGCCCAACGAGAAGUGGGCCUUCAUCGGCGUGCCGUACAUUUCUUUACUCUGCGUCCACAAGAAGUCGGCCAUCAAGGUGACUUAAGGCUUCCUUGGGGAUUUCUCAGCGCUACUCCUUUGACACCAGCUGGACACGGCGGCCCGUCUGCGAGUCGUGUCCCCCCCACCUCCCCUCCCC